UCUCUCCGCUGCAGACUCGGCCUAUAAAGCCACCCUGCGUGUCCUUGCCAACCCUGGACCCCUCCCUUGAUACCCGAGCCACAAUGGCAGAGCUGCCCACAACGGAGGCGCCCAGGGACCCUGCUCUGUGCAGCGGGCGCUUCACCAUCAGCACCCUCCUGGGGGGUGACGAGUCCCUGACAACCGCAGCCUAUGACACCAGCCACCCCAGCCACCUGACCCAAGGCAGCACCCUCUACCUGCGCACCUUCGGGUACAACACCAUCGACGUGGUGCCGGCCUAUGAGCACUACGCCAACAGUGCCCUGCCCGGAGAGCCCCGGAAGGUCCGGCCCACACUGGCCGACCUGCACUCCUUCCUCAAGCAGGAUGGGAGCCACCUGCACGCCCUGGCCUUCGACAGCCGGCCCAGCUGUGAGCUGACUGACGGGCUGGUGGAGGACGAGGCGGGCACCCACAGUGAGAAGAGCCCGGGGGAGCCUGUGCGCUUCGGCUGGGUCAAGGGAGUGAUGAUCCGCUGCAUGCUCAACAUCUGGGGUGUGAUCCUCUACCUGCGGCUCCCCUGGAUUACAGCACAGGCAGGCAUUGUCCUGACCUGGAUCAUCAUCCUGCUCUCCGUCAUGGUGACCUCCAUCACCGGUCUCUCCAUCUCAGCCAUCUCCACCAACGGCAAGGUCAAGUCAGGUGGCACCUAUUUCCUCAUCUCCCGGAGUCUUGGCCCAGAGCUGGGGGGCUCCAUCGGCCUCAUCUUUGCUUUUGCCAAUGCUGUGGGUGUGGCCAUGCACACGGUGGGCUUCGCGGAGACUGUGCGGGACCUGCUGCAGGAGUACGGCACGCCCAUCGUGGACCCCAUCAAUGACAUCCGCAUCAUUGGCGUGGUCACCGUCACUGUGCUCCUGGCCAUUUCCCUGGCUGGCAUGGAGUGGGAGUCCAAGGCUCAGGUGUUGUUCUUCCUUGUCAUCAUGGUCUCCUUUGCCAACUACGUGGUGGGAACACUGAUCCCCCCAUCUGAGGACAAGGCCUCCAAGGGCUUCUUCAGCUACCGGGGGGACAUUUUUGUCCAGAACUUGGUGCCCAGCUGGCGGGGUAUCGAUGGCAGCUUCUUUGGGAUGUUCUCCAUCUUCUUUCCCUCUGCCACUGGCAUCUUGGCAGGAGCCAACAUCUCCGGGGACCUCAAGGACCCCGCUAUAGCCAUCCCCAAGGGAACUCUGAUGGCCAUUUUCUGGACCACCAUCUCCUACCUGGCCAUCUCAGCCACCAUUGGCUCCUGUGUGGUCAGGGAUGCCUCUGGAGACCUGAAUGACACGGUGACCUCUGGCUGGGGUGCUUGUGAGGGGCUGGCCUGCAGUUAUGGCUGGAACUUCACCAAGUGCUCCCAGCAGCACAGCUGCCGCUAUGGCCUCAUCAAUUACUACCAGACCAUGAGCAUGGUGUCAGCCUUCGCACCCCUGAUCACAGCUGGCAUCUUCGGGGCCACCCUCUCUUCUGCCCUUGCCUGCCUCGUCUCAGCUGCCAAAGUUUUCCAGUGCCUGUGUGAGGACCAGCUGUACCCGCUGAUCGGCUUCUUCGGCAAGGGCUAUGGCAAGAACAAGGAGCCUGUGCGAGGCUACUUGCUGGCCUACGCCAUUGCUGUGGCCUUCAUCAUCAUUGCGGAGCUCAACACCAUUGCCCCCAUCAUCUCCAACUUCUUCCUGUGCUCCUACGCCCUCAUCAACUUCAGCUGCUUCCACGCCUCCAUCACCAACUCCCCUGGGUGGAGGCCCUCGUUCCAGUACUACAGCAAGUGGGCGGCGCUGUUUGGGGCAGUUGUCUCCGUGGUCAUCAUGUUCCUGCUGACCUGGUGGGCAGCCCUCAUCGCCAUUGGAGUCGUCCUCUUCCUCCUGCUCUAUGUGAUCUACAAGAAGCCAGAGGUGAACUGGGGCUCCUCCGUGCAGGCCGGCUCCUACAACCUGGCCCUGAGCUACUCCAUGGGCCUCAGUGAGGUGGAAGACCACAUCAAGAAUUACCGCCCCCAAUGCCUGGUGCUCACAGGGCCCCCCAACUUCCGCCCAGCCCUCGUGGACUUUGUAGGCACCUUCACCCAGAACCUGAGCCUCAUGAUCUGUGGCCACGUGCUCAUUGGACCCCACAAGCAGAGGAUGCCUGAGCUCCGACUCCUGGCCAGUGGGCACACCAAGUGGCUAAAGAAGAGGAAGGUCAAGGCCUUCUACUCAGAUGUCAUCGCUGAGGACCUCCGCAGCGGUGUUCAGACUCUUAUGCAGGCCACGGGUCUGGGGAGAAUGAAGCCCAACAUUCUGGUGGUGGGAUUCAAGAAGAACUGGCAGUCUGCUCACCCGGCCACAGUGGAAGACUACAUCGGCAUCCUGCAUGAUGCCUUUGAUUUCAACUACGGCAUGUGCAUCAUGAGGAUGCGAGAGGGGCUCAACAUCUCCGAGGUGCUGCAGGCGCACAUUAAUCCUGUGUUUGAUCCAGCAGAGGACAGCAAGGGAGCCAGUGCCUGUGGGGCCAGGCCAUCUGUGUCUGGCACAUUGGACCCUGAGGCUCUGGUGCAGGAGGAGCAGGCCAACACCAUCUUCCAGUCAGAGCAGGGCAAGAAGACUAUUGACAUCUACUGGCUCUUUGACGAUGGAGGCCUUACCCUCCUCAUCCCCUACCUCCUCCACCGCAAGAAGAGAUGGGCCAAAUGCAAGAUCCGCGUGUUCGUCGGGGGCCAGAUCAACAGACUGGACCAGGAGAGAAAGGCGAUCAUUUCUCUGUUGAGCAAGUUCCGACUGGGAUUCCAUGAAGUUCACAUCCUUCCCGACAUCAACCAGAAGCCGAGUGCUGAGCACAUUAAGCGGUUUGAGGACAUGAUUGCACCCUUCCGCCUAAAUGAUGGCUUCAAGGACGAGGCCACGGUUGCAGAGAUGAGGCGAGACUGUCCCUGGAAGAUCUCAGAUGAAGAGGUCAACAAGAACAGAGUCAAGCACCUUGCCCAUAGGGAGGAAGGGGAAGUCCCCCAGCUCCCUGUACAUGGCCUGGCUGGAGACCCUGUCCCAGGACCUCAGACCUCCAGUCAUCCUGAUCCGAGGGAACCAGGAAAACGUGCUCACCUUUUACUGCCAGUAACUCCAGGUGUGACCAUCCCUGCCCAAAGCCGAGGGUGUGUGGCACAAGUUGGAACUCGACCGGCUCCGGUCUUAGGGACAACCUCACAUUCUGUUGUGCGUGAAGUUAUAGCAGCUGAUGAUCCAAUUGCAAGAAAUGAUAGAUUUCCAGACUUUGGCUGGACUCCACUUCCAAUGGACAUAUCCUCUGGGCCUUCUAUUUACGGGAUGGAGGAGGAGGAGCAGAUGAAGUUGCAUGGAAAAUUCUCUGGAAGAUCCUAUCUGUUUAAGUGUUUGCUUUUGAUCUUGAUGACUAUUAAUUAAGAUUUCAGUCUUUGAUUUAUGUGUAAAUUGUGCUGGGUGUCAUCUGGCAAUUUCUAAAGACCUUCCCUGAUCAAAGUCCCUCCCAAGCCCUGCCUCCUUGCUCCAACAGUCAGGAGGGUGGGGAGGCCACCUCAGGACCUGUGGGAGCACCAAAGGCCACACAGGUCCUUGAGCAAGAAAAAUAUGUACAUCUCUUCAGACACUUCUCACUCCUGUCACAUUUAACACUGGUUCUUUGGUGUCUCCAUCAGACCAGGGACUUUCGAACUUCUCUGGGUGCAACUCACAGUGAGAAAUAUCAUUUUACAUUGAAACUUGGAAUGAACACACAACACACACACAUACACACACACACACACACAAGUGACUGAACCAAGUUUCAUCUUACUCUGGGUGAUGUUCUCCAGUAUUUUCUGUUUCCUUGUUGUUAAAAAAAAUUAAUGUUGGUUAUAAUCCAUUAAAAUUAUUUUGGACCCACUAGUGGGUGGUGAAAAACAGGCUA